AUGGUGGGCAGAAGAUGGACCCGAAGAAGGAGAGCCAGGGGGGUCUGGGUGUUGCCGAUAAGAAGUAUUUACUUUCACAGGAGCAGCAUGGAGAGAUGGAUCCGUAAUGGAGCCUCUGCGCUGAGUCUGAAGAUACUCCAGCGACGCAAGAGAGGUGACUGGGGAAUAUUUCGAUGA